GUCGCGUCUGCGUCUACCUGCCGCUGCUCAGCAGCCGACCCGGGGCCCGGGCGCCACCCGCUGCUGACGUCAGCUCCAGGCGGCCGUCUCGUAGCUGCAAACAAGUGUUUCCUGUAACCAUCUGACCUGCCUCAUCUGACGAUAACGUGCUGCGGUUGAAUACAGUUCCACACACACCAGUUACUUGUAGGGCACUAGCUGAACUCUGAAGAAAAUCCUCCACUUACCGAGAGGAAGGGCACUUAAACAGGGUGAGGAUGAGCGGUGAGGAGGCGGUGUGGGACGUGCUGCAGGGCCACGUGACCGCUGCGCGCAGGCCCGCCCCCCGGCUGCUCAAGGUGUUCAUCGCCUCCACCAGGACCGAUUUCGCGGAGGAACGGCGACAGCUGCUGGAAGUGGUGGGUCCAGAGCUGCAGAGCCAGUACGACAACAUGGGGCUGGAGGUGGAGCUGGUGGACAUGCACUACGGCACGGCCAGCGACCCCGCGCUGGACGCGCCGCUGUUCGAGGACCACCUGCACGAGAUCCGCCACUGCCACGCCGUCUCGCGCGGCUGCUUCUUCCUGUGCCUGGUGGGCAACAAGUACCUGCCGUACGCGCUGCCGCGGCGGCUGGACGGCGAGACGUACGAGGCGCUGUACGCUGCGGCCGCCGACCUGUCACUGCGCGCCGACCUACUGCACACCUGCUUCUGCCGCGACGACGCCGCGCCGGUCGCCAGCUACGUGCUGCAGCAGCCCAGGUGA